GCUACUCCUGACACAUCAAAAUUUACUUACGAUGAACCAUCUGGCUACUACUACGAUGCCUCAACAUCUUUCUACUAUGAUGCUAAGAGCCAGUAUUUCUACAACACGCAAAAACAACACUUCAUGUAUUGGGAUGGUCAACAACACACAUACAUUCCUGUUGCAAGUGCACAGCAGCAGCAGCAGCAACAACAACAAACCAAUGCUGCCGAGUCCACAGUCACUAAACAAAAAUCUGAAUCUCCUGAAAAAGUUAAAAUGGCCAAAAAAAUAGCAAAGGAUAUGGAAAAGUGGGCAAAAAAGAUGAAUUCUCAGAAAGAGUCUAAGAAGUUUUCAUCUGAUCUACAGCCUCCUGUUAGCAGUUCAUCGUACGCAAGGAAAGAUUCCCCAGGAUCAAUGAUGUCGCUCUUCAAUUACGACUCGCCCACACGACAACAACAACCCCAACAGUAUGAAGAUCAACAUCAACAACAACAACAACAAUCUUCAUCAGCGUCGUCGUCAACAAUGACAUCAACUCCUCAGCCUAAUGGUAGUAAUAAUAAUAUAUACAGAAGUGAAAGUGACAUGAUCGACUGGGCAAAGAUGACCUGCCUGUUGUGCAGAAGGGUAUUUACAACUAAGGAAACAUUGGUGAAACAUCAGCAAUUCUCUGACUUACAUAAGAAAAAUUUAGAAGAUUAUCAAAAAUCAAGAGGGGAGUAUUCGGAUGAAGUAAGUUUCAUUAUAAUUAGUACAAACUUUACACAUUUGCUUUAUAGAGAUAGAGCUAGGGAGAGGAGGGAAAAGUUUGGCGAGUCAGACCCACCACCGAUGAAAAACAGACGACAUCGAGUGGAGGCAGAAAGGAAAUAUGUCACGGAAACACCGACUCAAAAUGGGAUAAAGGAGGAUAAUGUUGGCAACAGGCUUCUGCAAAAAAUGGGAUGGAAGGAUGGACAGGGAUUAGGGAAGGCCGGACAAGGAAUUGUUAACCCAAUUGAGGCGACAAUGAGGCAGUCUGCAGCGGGGUUGGGAUCUAGGGGAAGUUCAUACAAUGUCAAUCCAUCUGGUUCAUAUCAUGAUCGAUUAAAAAGCACAUUUCGGGCUUAUUUUGAUGAAAUUAAUUAA